AUGGGCGAUAUCGUCCUUCACUUGUUAGUAGCGGCUAGCGGAGCAGUGCAGUUGCAGGGUGAAUGGGUAUCUUCGUCUCCGAGUAUAGCGUACAGGUAUGAGAAGAUGCCCACAACACCCAUUCGACAGAGUCCGUGGGAGCUUAUCUCACCUGAUGAUGAUGAGAAUGUCCCAAAGCUGGAAGGACUGAAAAUCAAAGGCAGAAGAGUCGGGGUGCCGUCUUUGAUACGCUUGGUGCAGGAAUCUCAAAGCACUCCCAAAACUCAGAACUGUUUCCCUUUCUUUUCCCAUUCUUCCUCCCCUCCCGAUGAAAACGGUCCUUUUUGGUACCGUUCUUACGCUGCAGAUGAAAUCCCUUUCCUUUACCGUUCUAACGCUGCAGAUGAAAUCCCUUUCAUUUACGGUUCUAACGCUGCAGAUGUGCAAAUGCCAACACACUCAUCGCAAAGCGCAUUUCUGCUGGAGAAGGAUUUGAAGAUGUAUUUCCUUCCACGCUCCAUGGCAGAUGAAAUCCCUUUCUCCUCCGACAAGCUUUCUCUGGUGUUCAAGGAACUCAACACAGCCCCAGAUUCCGUAACCGCUCUGGCUAUGAACCAAACUUUACAAGCAUCCGAAGCUCCUGGUGUGAAGGGCGAAACUAAGUACUGCGCAACAUCGCUGAAGUCUAUGAUUGACUACAUCACAUCGAAGCUGGGAAGCAAUCACGUAACCGUGCUGGCAACGAAUGUUCCAAAGACUUCAAAAUCCAAGGAGCAGGAAUAUACCAUCAUGGAAGUGAAAUACGUGAGCGAAGGGGAGAAGCCAGUGUACGUCUGUCACAGUAUAAAAUAUGCGUACGCAGUGUAUUACUGCCACGAUUUGCAAGGCACGAAGGUCGCAAGAGUUUGGGUGAAGGGCGAAGAUGCAGGCAGCACGGUGGAGCCGGUGACCAUCUGUCACACAGACACCAGCAACUGGAAUCCCAAACACAUGGCAUUUCAGGUGUUGAACGUGAAGCCUGGUGCUGCUACUAUCUGCCAUUUUAUUCCCGAAAACAACUUUGUGUGGCUGGGAGCCAGCUAA